UUUCCAUUUUUUAUUUUAUAUUGAUUUUCCGCGAUUUUUCUUCAUAGGUGUCUGGUUAAAUUUCAAUGACGACUACUAUAAUUUUUUUCUUUUAAAAUUCUCCACCAAUUUAAUAAUUUCUUAUUUUUUAUUUUUUAAUUACUUCCCACAAAUAUUUAAAUUAUCCAUUUCCGGCUAAAUGUCAUAAUGUCGAAUUUUCGCAAAUUUUCCAUUUUUCAAAAAUUAUUAUUUAAAACUCUUUUCUCAUAAUUUUUUAGACUUUUCUAGAUAAUAUUUAAAAUUAAUUUAAUGUUUGAUUGCCAACUUUGUCAACAGGAAAGUAGAGUUGAAGCAACAAUUAGUGGGGGUAAUACAAAUGGUAGUGAUGCUAGUCCACAAAAACAGAAUCAAUUUUCAAAUCUUUCCGAACUUGAAGCCCACUUAGCAUCAGAACAUUUUAAUUGUUUACCUUAUGAAUGUGAGCAAUGUCAUUUUGCCAAAUUCCCAACAGAAUUUGCUGUAAUUAAACAUAAUGAAGAAGAUCACGGAAAUAAAUGUUAUUCGUUUCGUUGUCGAAUAACCCCAGCAUUAAAACAAAAAAGAGCCCAAAUUCGUUUAUAUAUUUCAAAAAUCAAAAAUCAACAAAAUAUUUUUUCUCCGCCGCCUGUCAAAAAAGUAAAGCAAGAUGGUGAUAGAAAUAAUUGUGACUCUAAUCAAAUUCAAAUAAAUGAAAAGACUAGAGGAACUCAACAACAAGAGGGUGAAUUAGCUGAGGAAGUAAUUGAAAGAAAUAAACUCAAACCUCUGUCUAAAGAUUUAUUAAAGAAGAAAUCUUUUGUUAAUAAUGGGCAGUCUGUUGGAAAUGGAGAUGCUGAUUGUGUUGAAGAUGAUUUUGUUGUUUUAAAUAAAGCAUCUUCCUCUCUGACAGAACAGCUCCAAGCCGCUUGCGCUCAAAACAUUCGACAUCGCCGUGCUGCAAACGAAAAAGGAGAAAACGUUGAGGACUCUAAAACUUCCCCUAAUUAUGGAGGAACUGUCAGCAUUCGAGAAGGAGGGGAAUUGUCCACAAAUUUGUUGGGAAAAUCUUCGGGAAAAUCAACAGGUGGAAAUACAACAGAUGAAGAAAAUGAGGAAUUGGAGGGAAUGGAGGAUUUUGAAGAAAGUGCAAUGAUGGAAUAUGGAGAUGGACAAGGGGGAAAGGAUGGGGAUGAAGAAGAUGAACAAAUCCGGAAACAGGAGGCCGAUGUUCAAGAAAUCCUAAAAGCAGCAGCAGCGGCCACCUCACAAAUUGGUGGCGGAGAUGUUGCCGCUCGUAAUACUUCAACUCCUUAUUCACUUCGCCCAAAUCGUUGUACGCCAUAUGCUGCUCUUCUUGGUGGGAAACAAAAACAAUCAUCACCUCCACCUUCUCGCCAACAAUCAUCAAGACCAAAUUGGCAACUUAAGCUUGGAAAUUCGAAUUUUGGCACUGGAGGUUCCUCCAAUUCUAAUAAUCUUUCAUUAAUGAUGAACAGACGUGAACGUAACGUCGAACGAAUUCGUUGUCGCAAAUGUGGUGAAUUAGUAAAUAGUACAGGAGGUUGUUUAAUGCAUCAUUUAAAUACGAGACAUUUGCGUUUGCCGUUAUUUCAAUGCAAGGAAUGUAAAAAAGACUUUUAUGAAGUCUCCAACACACGUAUUCACAAACAUAUGAGGAUUUAUCACAGUGGUGAUACAAGCAAUUUAGUCAGUAAUUACGCAAAGUAUUCACAUACUUUACAUUCUGGACGUGAUAAUUGUUUUGGAACUAGAGAUGAACGUUUAAGAGAAAUUCAACGAGAACGAGGAUUAUGCUCAAGUCUAAAUUUGGACAGAAAUAUUGACUUAACUUCAUUCAUUUCAACCGCUACCGGCAAAGCAACAACAACAAAUAAUGGAAAUAACAACAAUUCUCGCCUUCCCCCAAAUUCUUCUUCUCCUUCUCAAAAUAUUGGAUCGCUGUCUAAAGAUAGUUUUUUACGGUCACCAAUUUCUUUUAAACAAUAUGGCUAUGGAAAUAAUUCUAAUAAGCAAUCAACUUCUAGACACAACGACUUGCUCCAACCAGAUGUAUUAUCUCCACACCUUUCCGGGCCUUUUAAUCAGUCUGUUGAAGAUUUAUUUAAUGGAAAUAUAAAAAAAGAAAUUUGUAGUGGAGAUGAAAUGUUAUUGAAUGAAUUAAAUAAAAAGAAAAGACAAAAUUUGACAGAAGAAAAUUUGGAGGAGUAUGAGGGGGAAGAAGAAGAUGAUGAAUAUAAUGAACAAGAAGAAGUAAAUAAUAUUAUUGGAAAUUUAUUUAAUGAAGAAUUAAUUGGGGGAAUAUUGAAACAACAACAGAAAAAACAAAAUUUUGAAACAAAAUUAAAUGAAAAAUAUAAUAAUAAUAAUGAAGAAACAACAUCAAACGAUAAAAAUACAAACAGAAACGGAAAUAAUAGCAACAACAAAAAUGCGGCUAUGAAGCAAUUAACUUCUUUACAAACACAAUAUCAAUUAAUGCAAAUGGAAUUUGGAACUGAAGAAAAAAUUGAAGAAAAGGUUCCUUGCAAAGUUUGUGGUGAAAUGACUGUAAACAAACAACUCAACCGUCUUAAUCACAUAAAUACUCGUCAUUUACACUUACCACUUCACCAAUGCCGUCUCUGUCAAAAAGUUUUUGCUUCAUAUAGUCGUUCAGCUUGUUAUUCACACAUUCAAUUUGCUCAUAAAGCUGACCUAGAUGCUGGACUUUACAGUCAAAAUAUUGAGGAACAUAUUAUUUAUAUGAAGGAGCAAUAUCGUAGUCAAUUGGAGGAAUCAGCAAAUGACUAUUUUGAUUAA